AUGCAGAAGACUUUUUUCGACAUAAAACAUAGGUUAUUGAGCGCAUUGGACGAUGAAUACAAUGUUACCGACAUGUCUACAGUGUUUGAAGUCAUUUCAACCCUUGAACAACUUUCAGUUACCACCGAGGUGCUUGAGGCAACUCGGAUUGGUAAAAUGGUCAAUGAAUUGCGACGUAAAACUGUGGACAAACAAUUGGCUAAACGUGCAAAAGAACUUGUACAACGAUGGCGUAACUUGAUGAUAAAUAAAGCGGAAGCCAUACAACAGGCAAAGCUGCCGCCUUCCUCGCAAUCCAAUGGCAUGCUUAAUAAUUGUUAUAAAAGACCAAUCACUUCGCCAGAUCAAUGUACAGCACCUCUAAAAAAACCAAAACUAAAUGGAAUAUCCACUCAGAGCUCAACCAUCACGUCUCCACCUGUUAAAAAAUCACCAGAACCUAUAACUAGUCCAGUCAAUGAGCUCGAACAGGACCCAGAACCCGCUCAAGAUCCUCCAGUUCCCAAAAAGCGUGGUCGGAAAAAAGGAGGUAAGAAUUCCUCAAAAUUAGGAAUCAAAACUUCUAACCCUGUAGAUUUAGAGAGAAUGGUAACCAUUGGAUCCAGUAAACUCAAAACCACUCAAGAAAUAAUUGCGUCAUUGCGAAAAGAUGACGAGAAUUAUCAGUUAGAGGAAAAACCACAGACGCCUGUGCAAGAGUUCCAAGACGAGCUGUCUACAACACAGGUUGACAAGGCUAGUCGACCAAAUGUUGCGGAUAUUGAUCGCCAAAUACAGGAAAUAUAUAACAGGUUACCUCCGCUGGAUUUAGGCACUAUAGACUGGAGUUCCCCAACCCCAUCGCCGACACGAUUGCCUCCAUCACCCACUGAUUUAAUCGAUGGAGCUCAAAUCGAAGGCAUUACUGGUAAUUGGGAAAACGAAAAUUUUAGAGAGUGGCAUGAGGUCUUGACUAGGACAAAUGAUACUGGUGAACCGCUUGUCAUACUACCAUACGUGAUAAUUGACUGACAGGGAUAUUUUUUUCUACUAGACUUUGUGAUAAAGACAUUUCAAGUCUUAAUAUUGUAUAUAAUAAAAAGUAACUUUUUAAUUAAACUGUAAAAAGAAAUAUUUAUAAUAUUUACAUAGACAUGUAUCCAAUUACUUAAUGUGUCUUAUGAAAAAAAAGUUCUUUAUAUUUAAUUAUGUGUCUUGUAAUACUGUAAAAAAAAAACCUUUUGUUUAUCCAUGUAUAAUUUAUUAAAACUAAACGUGAAAAUAUCCUUGAUCAAAGUAAUUAAAUGCUUUAUUUUCAAAUAGAAUAUUCAAUUUGAUUCAUUACAUUGGCAAAUUAAGCUAGUCAAAGACCAAGUUUAAUUUAUAAUAAAAUUAAUGUUAUGAAUUGUCUUGUAUUUUUUUUAUAUAUACACACAUAUUAAUAAUAAAUGUGUUUAUGUGUCAGCAAACAGAAACAUUUUGCAUUAAAAUUGCGUAGCAUAUCUGUGCCUUUAUAUUCAUGUAUUUUUUGUAUUAUUAUAUAAUAUAAUAUAUAAUCAAGUUCUCAUCAUAAAAUAUUACAUGAUGUGUGUUACCAUGGUAAUAAUGUCCAAUAACUGUUAAAAGAAAAACUAAUAUUUUGAUCU